AUGGGAGGUCAUCGGCAGGUGGCUUCUCUAUUACUAGCACGCGGCGCAUCCGUGCUGAAGAAAGACGAGGCUGGGUGGCAGCCAAUUCGAUAUGCUGCGUACUUUGGCCAACCAGAUCUCCUGCAGUUACUUUUCUCAAGCGGCAAAGUGCCAGAUGCAGACAUUGCGGAUAUCAUCGGUAUGCCAGACACAGUCGGGUUCUCCCCCGGUACUCCCGAGGAUCGAAUGUACCAAGUGCGACAGCUCCUUGAUGAAAAGCUCAGCCAAAGCCAAAGACGGACCAGCCUCCCAGCUCCAAUGAGUCAAGUUGUGGGCUUACAUGGUGACAGCCUACGCGACUCAUUCUUCAGUGCACCCACGCCUCCUCCUGCUCUUCCGCCGACAAUCCCUUUUGCGGUUGAAGCAGAUAGUUCAACACCUUUUGAGCUUCCGGGGAGCCUGGAUCAAGAGACUUCCAGUAAAGUCAGAUCUACAGAUAUCAGUCCACGGACUGCCACACCUGAACCAAGACAAUCCAUCGAGCAGCCGCUCCCAAUGGCCAGCGACCGGGUAACAGCACUAUUACGAGAAUCGAGGGGCUCAUCACCAAUGAGGCGUUCAAAUAUAAAAUCCAAUGAGAAUAGAAGCCGAAGUCGAUCCCGACCAAAUGACAUCCCACUGGUGUCCGCAACCUUCACCCCCAUAGCGUCUUCAUCUUUCGUCUCACCACCGAUGCAGCAGUCAAGCUCCCAUAGCCAUCGUGCCAUGUCAUAUCAAGUGAAAGAAGACACUCCUACAACGUUUGUCCCUGCUUCUAACCCAACCUUGAGGCAACCAACUGAGGUAGAACGAACUCCACGAACAAUUCUUACAAAACCUUAUUCUGCAGCCCGAGCUGGCUCUCGGGCUCGUACAAAUGGGCAAGAUAAUUACGAUGACUCGGACUCAGACUCGAUCUCGUCUGUCUAUACAGCACCGGAAGGCGAGGCUAGACCUGACACUACGAACUUGAAUUAUCGUAGUGAUGUUACGGAGUCCGCAUAG